CCUAUCGACCUACGUUGCUGACUGGAUUAUCGACAAGUCUCCAAGAAGAAGACAAUGUGAAGAUGAUUGUGUUUUGGAUUGCACUGAAUUUUCUUCAUCAAGGAUAUGCACUGGUUUCACAAAUCACUGUUCAAGUUGGAGAACCUGCAACCUUCAUCUGUAGUAUACCUCACACAGAGGUCCUCCCUCGACAAGUCCACUGGUAUAAACAGAGUGCCGGGGAUACACUGAAAGUAAUUGUGACAGUGCGGAAAUCUAAACCACCUGAGUAUGCACAAGCUUUUCCUAAAUCCAGAUGGGAGAUUAAUAGCAACAGCAGUUUUAGUAACCUGACCAUUUUGAGGACAAUUCAAGAGGAUGAGGGAAUGUAUCACUGUGGAGUCUCCGAGUGGCUUGCAGACAUUAUAUGGACUGGGAUGCAUUUAUUAAUAAAAGGAAAAAAUCAGAGCACGUCCAACUCUUCUGUUGCUCAGAGUUCAACAGUAUCAUCUGGAACUAAGCCAGACAUUCAUGGAAGCAGUAUAUGGUCACACAGAUCCAGUGCAGUUAUUUUUAUGCUGUGUGCUGUCUUGGCUAUAAGCCUGAUUGUUAUAGCUAUCCUUAUUGCUUCAAUGAAGAAAGAUGACACACAAUAUUGCAAAGGUGUUGUUCCCCUGCGAAGAAACACUGGCAUCCAGAAAACUCAACAGAAAGCAGAGGAUGUGUGGUUUUACUCUGCUGUGGUCUUUGCCAUGAUGAGAACUGACAGAGGUGGGACAACAGAUGCAGCUGAGAGGGAGAGACUCUACACUGCUGUCAAGGCCUUUGGGUUGGAUUAGUUACUUAAGAGCCUUUUGGAUCCACUGAAUAAUUUAGGUGUUAUGCGUUUCUUUUAUUUCACA